UUUUAUCACGUGAUGCGAGAGAUGUUAGAGAGCAGCCAUCAUCAUUUCACCUAAUUCAUGUCCAGCCUGAAAUGCUAAAAGGUAAGACGAUAAGGAAACGGAAAACUACGAUGGAGUAGGUGAAGCCUCUGAAGCCUCCCCCGUCUCAUCCUGUCUGUUGUGUCCCAACUCAACCAGGAAGGCUUCAAACAACACCUGGUGUGACCUUUGCUGUGUGCUGCUAGUGACUCAGUGGAGCAACAAACCUGUUACCUAGGUUGUUGGAGCACAGUGGAGGAGAGGGUCUGUGUCUGAUUACUCCCCCCAUUAGUCUUUGAGGAGGGCGGAGGAAGAGGAGGAGGCGGCGGAGGAAGGGGCGGAGGAAGAGGGUGCUGCUAUAACCAUCCAGAGCAUGGGGCAAAAAGUCCCAGGUGGCAUCAAAACCAUUGAUAUGCGGGACCCGGCGUUCAGCCCCCUGAAGCUGGAGCUGCAGGCCCUGAGUCACACCAAGCCGUCUCGUCUGGACCUGCUGCUGGACAUGCCGCCGGCCAGCGGGGACGUCCAGGGUCAGCACUCGUGGAACAACGACGACCGCUCGCUUAACAUCUUCGUGAAAGACGACAACAAGCUGGUGUUUCACAGACACCCUGUGGCGCAGAGCACGGACGCCAUCCGAGGCUGCGUUGGCUACACACGGGGACUGCAUGUGUGGGAGAUCAGCUGGGCUAUGCGCCAGAGGGGCACGCACGCUGUGGUGGGAGUGGCUACGAGCGAGGCCCUGCUACACUCGGUGGGCUACACAGCCUUGGUAGGAAGCAACGCCGAGUCCUGGGGCUGGGACCUGUGCCGGAGUAAACUCUACCACGACGGCAAGAAUCACCCAGGAAAAACCUACCCGGCCUUCCUCGAGCCAGACGACACCUUCAUAAUACCAGACUCCCUUUUAGUAGUCUUGGACAUGGAUGAGGGGACGCUGGGUUACAUAGUGGAUGGACAUUAUCUAGGGGUGGCAUUCAGAGGACUAAAGGGCAGGAAGCUGUACCCAGUGGUGAGCGCCGUGUGGGGACACUGUGAAAUAAGAAUCCGGUACAUAAAUGGACUCGAUCCUGAACCCCUCUCUCUGAUGGACCUGUGUAGGCGUUCGGUGAGGGUGGCAUUAGGAAAAGAGCGCCUGGGUGAAAUCCAUAGAUUGCCCCUGCCAGAGUCUCUCAAGAACUACCUGCUCUACCAAUGACGCCGCAGACAGUCACACUCCCUCAGCACACCCUCAUCUCCUUCUCCUGUUUCUCUGGGAUCCUUCUGGGGUUAAACCCGUUUGACAACAUUGCUCAAGCCUCAAAGACUGACUCAGCCUUCAAGUAUGCUUCUGUGUCUUGGACACCGUUUGAGUUUCUUAUGCUGUUUUUAUGACUCUUUGCAAUUGUAUUCUCUAACUUUAUCAAAUCAGGAAUCACUGAGCACUAUGCACAUGCUGAUCCAGACGAUGCCCUGACAGUCACCAUGUUGGUGUACCUCUUAGUUUUUAGGUUGAUGUGGCACAUGAGGUCGGUAUCUCUUCUUUGUCCCCUAGGCUUAAAGAUUAUGAGUUUAUAUAUUGUAGCCUUUUUAAAUUGUUAUUGAUUUAGCUUAAAUUGUGUGAUGGAAAUCAAACUUUUGGAGUUGGUGCAGAACUGAACUGAACUGACAGCAUCUGACCACAAGGUGGCAGCACACACACGUCAACCUCUCACAUUGAGAAUUAUAACAUGAAAUCGUAGUUGCUUGUAGAAAUUAUCUUUUUGUUUUUUUAAAUGAAUACUAGAUUAAAUUGUGGAACACAGACUGGAGAUACUGAUCACCCCAUAGUGAGUCUGUAGUGCAGUGUGGAUGAAUGCACUGUGAGGCAGCUGAAGAGCAGCUCCGACUCCCACUGCAUUGUAAGGCCUCUCUAAUGUGGAAGUGUGCUUAGCAUCAAUGCAUCUGACAGGAACAACAUCAGCAGAAAUUUUAACAGAAGGAUAAUGUCACUGUGAUUAUUUGUAGCAUGCAUCUGCAGGAAAUAUUUCUCAUUACAAUCACGUCUUUUUUUUUAAUCGGUCACUCCUGCUUCUUGUAGUGCAGUAGAUUUCAACCACAUGCUGAACGGGCCCAAGAGUGCAGAUGUUAAUGUUUUUUAAUUCAACCAGUCUCUCCAUCAGCUGAUUUCACUGGUUUGCACAUAUUCAGCCAGAGAGUGGAAACUAACCAAUGAAAUGUCCACUGAAGUGGUUCUUUGUAAUGAAAACCUGCUACUCUUGGGUCUCAAAGGCACAUAGCUGAGAACCAUUGAUGUAGUGUUUGUGUUGUGUAAAGGGGGUUUGGGAAACAGACAAUGUAGGUAAAUGGCUAAUGUGCCUGAAUCUCCAAACUUCAGAUUUAGGGCACCAUGACGACAGAAAAAGACAAUCCGCACAAAGUGCUGCACAAAUGUAAUAAAAGAUCAGAUUGUCAGAUGCCAUAGACCUGUUUAUUAGUAUUUUUUAAAUGUGGAGGUCGGGUCCUUAUUCAGCACUCAGCUGGAUGCGGACACACUGCGCCACACUUUAUUUUCCUUGCUUGCUGCUUCCAUUUUAUUUGUAUUCCUUGUUGUAGAUUUGUUUGUAAGUAUCUAUUAAAGUUUAUUUCAAAGUUUA